AUGGAAGCCACUUCGAAAAGGUCCAUUCAUCUGUGCCAUGAAAAUGGUGAUUGGAUGUCACAGCUGCCAGAAAAUCUCUGGGAUGUUCCUCUCCAUUACUUAUCCCUUCCAGGGAGCCAUGACACUAUGACUUACUGUUUGGAUAAAAACUCUGAUAUAAGUGUCAAUGAAUCAAAGCUGUUGCAGGUGAUAGAUAAAUGUAUGCCCUGGAUCAUACAUCCUAUUAUUAUGAAGUGGUCUAUAACACAGGUACUAAAUGUGUCAGAACAACUGGAUGCCGGGAUUAGAUAUUUGGAUUUUAGGAUUGCUCACAAGCCUAAUGACUCUUCUGUGAAUUUGUACUUUGUGCACAUGAUAUACACAACGGCUGUAGUAGAGGAUAUUCUGUGGGAAAUUUUAAAGUGGUUGCAGGCCCAUCCUCAGGAGGUCGUUAUCCUUGCCUGCAGGAAUUUUGUUGGAUUGACCAAGGAACUUCAUCAUCAUCUUAUCUCCUGCAUAAAAAAGAUUUUUCAUUCUAAACUGUGUCCAAAAGAUGUGGUUCCAACGCUACGGAACAUGUGGACAUAUGGGUACCAGGUUAUCAUCUCCUAUGAGGAUGUGACUGAAGUAAUGAAGCACCGUGAACUAUGGCCUGCAAUUCCAUAUUGGUGGGGAAACAAGACUGCAACCCAAGAUCUUAUCCAGUAUCUGGAAUGUAUGAAAAAGAAUGGGCGCCCAGACUGUUUCUUUGUUGCAGGGAUUAACCUUACUGAAGACUUAGAGUAUAUUCUGGCACAUCCAUCUGGAUCCUUGAAGAAAAUGGCCCUUUCUAGCCUUCCAUACUUGAAACUCUGGAUAAAGCAACAGUAUCCAGGACCAAAGAGGGAAUGUAUCAACAUCAUUGCUGGAGACUUCAUAGGAAAUCAGGAUUUUGUGAAUGACGUGAUAGAACUUAACAAAAAAAUCAUCCCUCCAUUACAUUACCAUGGUAAUGAGACUGAAUUAAAGGAUGUUUCAAGACUUUCAGCUUCAUAA